AUGAAAGGAAAUUGUGUUGUAAGCGAGAACAUCGAUGACUUGAAGAAGAUGAGACUCAAUCACGUGCUGUGGAGAUGCAUCAAACGUGCGACGGAUCACUGUAUGAAUCAGGUGAAAAAUUUCAAAGCUAAAAGACUUGAGCCACAAAACAAAACAAAAGAUCGCAUAGCAGUUGAAAUACUCGAUAGCACAGAUGAAAAAGUAGAAUCUGACAUAACUGAAGCAGAAGACGCCGAAUCAGACACAGCGGAAGCAGCAGAUGCAGCAGAUACCGGAUUAGACUCGGUAGAAGCAGUGGAACCACAGGACGAUUACAGUGAAGUGGCAAAAGAACUAGACCUGGAGUUAGAAGCGACGGACAUACCUGCGUCCAACAUACCUGCUGCCAAGCCUGUCAAUGACGAUUCUGGCGAAGAACACGAUGAGGAUAUAUUGGAAGAUGUGGUAGAUCCGAAAAAGAUGACUGUUGCUAAGAAGAAGGUGACCGUUGGGACAAAAGCACCUGCCAAGAAGACUGCCAGUACAAAAGCACCCGCCAAGAAGACAUCUGUGACUAAGACUGUGGCUACAAAGACUGUGACUAGGACAAAGAAGAAGACUGCUAUGAAUGCAGUGGCGAAGAAGAAGCCCUCCGGCACGACUGUGCUGCCGACUGCGAAGAAGGCUACAGCUUCAAAGACGGCGUCACCUGUGAUUGAAAAAGCCUUGACUACAACUCCGCCGGAAACAUCACAAUCUACUGAAGCAGUUGCAACAGAGCCCGCGAUCACAAUGGAUACUACACCUGCACCAUCAGGUACUGCGAUAGAGGUACCACUUGCAAAGACAAACGCUGCGACAGAGGCUACACCUGUAGCCACUGACUCUUCCACAGAUACGCAGAGGAGCAGCACACAGCAGCGAUGA